AUGGCUUCGGAUGAUACCCUCCCGACGCUCAAGGUGUUGCUUAUUGGGCCGUCGGGGGCGGGGAAGAGUGCUUUACUAACCCGCUACUGCGAUGAUGAAUUCGACCCCGAGACCUCGGCCGCAACGAUAGGGAUUGAUUUCAAGAUCAAAGUCCUCAACGUCCGCGGCAAACCCUACCGUCUCACCCUCUUCGACACCGCAGGCCAGGAACGGUUCCGCACCCUCUCCACCUCGUUCUACCGCGGCGCGCACGGGGUGUUGCUCGUGUACGACAUCUCGACGCGGGCGAGCUUUUUGAGCAUGGAGAAGUGGUUCAACGAGGCGGAGGCGAACACGGUGGAGGGGGUUGCGCUUUAUCUGGCCAACGCAAGGGAGGUCACCACGGAGGAGGGGCAGGCGCUCGCCGAGGCGCACGGGGCAAAGUUUUGCGAGGCGAGCGCAAAGACUAGGGAGAAUGUGAGGUUGGCGUUUGUGGAUAUUGUGGAUAGGAUUGUGCAGACUCCGGGGUUGAUACAGAAUGCUAGACUGGGAAGGGCGGCGGGGGCGGUGGCGUUGGGGAAUGGUGGGAGUAGUGGGAGUGGUGGUGGUGAUGGGUAUGGGGCUUAUUUGUCGGGGGGUUGUUCUUGUUGA